GCGGCCAUCCAAAAGGCGUGUUCAGAGCCAUCUUUUAACGUCAGCGUGCGCGCGUGGCUGCGGACGCGACAGCUUGAGAGCUGCUUCGAAGUCCUGGCGGUCCGAGGCAUCCUUGAGUCGCUACAGCUCCGGGAAGUCCCACAGGAUGAUGGCAGCCAAAACUUGCCUGGACGCUUCGUAGACGCCCUUGCGAAGGCGUUAUAUGAAGGCGGCGACUUACGAGUCAUGCGUGGAAGUAGGAAGCUGCCAGAAGGUUGGGAGAUGGUCUUCUCGCGGAGUGUUGGUCUCUUUUACUACUGCGAGACGCAAAAAGGCGGGCAACAGAAUGGACGCACACAAUGGCUUUUUCCUGAUCUUCAUUCAGAGUCCGAGCUUCCCGACAUUCCGAAUGAUCUGGCAAAACGUGAGAGGGGCACACGUGCGAGCGGAGUUCCGUAUGUGGAGCUGGAUGCCGCAGGCGAGCCCUUGUGCCUGCUCUGCCAGCAACGAGGUCUGGAGCACUUUGCAGGGACUGCCCAUGCAGAGAAAGCCAAUGCCUGGUCUGCCGCGCACGAACGCCUGGCCGAUGUCCUGCGCGAGCUUGCAGUGCAAACCUUGGUGCCUGGCUCGGGAGCAAAGGCAGCAGAGGAGGAUGCAGCACUGGUUAAGGUUUGGCUUCAGGAUGCUCGGCACGCCGUCUUCCACGCCGGAUCACAGAAGCAGGAUGUUGAGCAUGCUGAGGUGUGCCGCAUUUUCUGGCAUCUGCUCCUGGCGCCGUGUUCCAGGGCUUCCCGGCUCGUGUCCGUGAAGGAGGCUUUCGACAAGGCUGUCUAUUUCGGCGGGCUUCCCGAGCCAAAGUGGGCAGACAUGCCAUGGCGCGUGCCAGUGCCACCACGUGCUGGAGAGGAUCUUCCUUGGCCAUUCCCGUCCACGCUGAAGCUCUCGCCGUCUACACCGCCUGAGGUGUUCAACGCCCUGUCAGCUCAAGCACUACUGCAAGAAGGGCUCGCAGUACAGGCCGGUGUUGUUGGAUCCUUGUGGUGUACCUUCUGCUGCAAACCUGUGAAGGUACUUCAAAAUCAUUUGGACCGGACCUCUGCGGAGGCGCAAGGGCACAUUAAGGCGAAAGCCGCCUGCCACGCCAUUGCGGACAAACUCAGAUCAGGAGGUUGGCAGCUACGUCGCGAAGGUCUGCAGAUCGUGAGGUUUUUAUUGUGGUCUCUGCAAUGCGUCGGGAAGAUGGACGCACAUCUGGAAUCAUCGCGACAGCUCUGCUCAUCAGCAAGCGUACAAAGCAUUUGA